UUCCCUCAGACUUCGAAUUGGACGGAAGCUUACCUCGGCAUCGCCUCGUCCUUGAAAUUCGUUAUCGAGAUCGUGGGCAUUCAAGGCAGCAACCCGCUCGCUAACAUCGCACUCGAUGAUAUACUCUUUACGCCGUCUAUCUGCCCUGAGAACAGCGGCGGCCUAGGAACAGACACCAUGGCGUGCACAUUCGAACAGGGAGGCGAGUGCGGCAUGCAUGACAACUCCGGCACAGGCUGGGUACCCGAGAGAGCGACGCAGGCCGACCACACCACACACACGGCACAAGGCCACGUCUUCGAGCUUCGCGGAGGAGGAGGAAAACUCAAGACAAAGGUGAUCAAGACACCGAAGCUGAAGAGCAACGCUGCUCAGUGCCUGACCUUCUUCUACCGAUCUGAGGGCAAGGAGGAGGCGACGCUGACGGUUUGGGUGGAAUCCAAUGGGCACACUGUUAGCGAGAAGAACACCCUUGUGAAGAUGGCUCAGCCCACGUGGAGAGCGUCUUACGUCAACAUCUUCGAAUUCUUUGGGGAAAAUAUCAAGGUCGUAUUCGAAGGGAAAGUCGGCGACGACCACGAGACAGUGAUCCAGUUGGACGACCUGGUCCUGACCGACGGCAACUGCCCGAGCAUCCAAGGCAACUGCGACUUCACUGACGAAACCACUUGCCUCUGGACCAACGAGGAGGCCGGCCUGCAGUGGGUCGUGUCGGAUAGCCAGUCCUUCCACCGAUUCAACGGGCCAGCGAGUGACGGCGAGAAGACCCACUACGCCCUCUUCGAGACGGGUCCUCACCACCCCAGCGGCUCCAUCGCUCGCCUCAGCAGCCCCACCAUCGUGUCGGACGGAAUCACGCAAGAAGUCUGCUUCAAGUUCUCGUUUGCUGCAUCUUCCGAACACGCAGGGAAAUUAUCAGUGCUGAUGGUAGACGUAGGCGAAGUCAGCGAACAAGUGCUGUGGGAACUCUACAUGACAGGAGACUAUGCUGACUCUACGUGGCAUGAGGCUCGGGUUCUCGUGCGGAGUCCGCCAAAGAACUACCUGUUAGUGAUGCAAGCGGACUCAUGGGACGGACGGGAAGGUUAUAUCGCCGUGAACUCCUUCGUUACUGACAUACAGUUUUGUGCCCUGACCCCCCCGGACGCCGCCCCCUCUCAGAUCCCUCCGUCCUCCCUGCCCCCGGAGACGACCACCCCCGAGCCGGUCCUUCCCCUGGCUCCCCUCAAGUGCGACUUCGAGGACGCCGAGAAGCCUCUGUGCGACUUCCUGCAGGACUCGGGCGAAUACGAUGGCCUCUGGAACCGGGUCGAUGCCUCGUCGCCCCCCUCGCCCUUGCAUCCGGGCGUGGACCACACCUUACACACAGGCGCUGGGCAUUACAUUGCAGCCGCCAUGCAGCAGGACAGCCCAUACAAUCAGUCAACAGCUAGACUGAAAACACCGAGAAUGGACAACAACUUGGAGUACUGUCUUACUUUCUUCCUCCACCACAUAGGCGACCGCCCCCCUCCCUUGAUUGUGAACGUUGAGGUACUGAUUAACUUGCCUUGGGACGGGCCACAGCAAGUGGAAGUGCUUCGGCGAGAGUCUUCCCUGCACGACACCUGGGUCUUCGUCGAGAGGGAUAUCCAAGCGAAUAUUAUCGAAACCAACAUCCGGAUCAGCAUCGAAGCCAAGCUUAGCACCUACCAAGACGGAGAUGCCUCACUGGAUGACUUGAGGGUGUCGGUAGGCCGGUGCCCCGACCACGACAGCAUGUCCUGCUCCUUCCAGCAAGGGCUGUGCGGCUACGAGCAGGAACAGGAGCUGGACGACCUGGACUGGCUCUGGCACGACGGGAAAGGAGACGACGACGUCUUCCUGCCUCUCGAAACCCACUGGCACUUCUACUACGCGUACCUCAAUACCUCCGCUCCGCCGGGAUCCACCGGCGUUAUGUACACCACGGAGCUCCGCCUCGCGUCGCCGCACUGCAUGGUCUUCAACGCCCACAUCCACGCGGAGAAAGGCAAGUCGGCCGUCCUCGAAGUUCUGAACGUCGGGGAGGGCACCAUCGCCGACGGGCAGCUCCUGGGCCGAUUCGAAGACUUAGGGCCAGACUGGGCCACUCUUCAGGUCGUGUUGCCCCCGUCCGAACGCCCCAUGCGCCUAGCCUUCCAGGGCAUCAUUCCCAACAACGAGAACUUCGAACACUCCACCUUGGCCGUCGACGACAUCUUCAUCCGCGCUGGAGGCUGCGACCCCCCGGGCUACUGCACCUUCGACGGCUACCUGUGCACCUGGUUCAACAACGAGAACAUGGGCUCGCUCGUGUGGGAGUCCUCCGGGCCGGGGGAUCUCUCGCUCGAGACAAGGCCGUAUGCAGACUCGACGCAGAGGGACCACUCGGGAGGUUUCAUGUUUAUUGAAGCUGAUGAAGCCUUGUCAGGGAAAAGGGCCUGGCUCAUGAGUGACAGGCUGGCAGCCUCGGGUCCCCAUGAACGAUGCCUCAUUUUCUGGUAUCACAUGUACGGCGCCAAAGGUACCAGUCUUUCAGCCCACACUUACUGGGAGGAGUUCGGACAGGUGACAACACUGUGGGGGUUGAAGCCGUCGGAAGCGCGUUGGGAUUCGGGAUGGCAGUAUGCAGCAGCGCCUUUCAGUAAUUAUGUUCCGAUCCAGCUCGUCUUCGAGGCCGUGCUGGGUUCCGGCUUCAUGGGCGACGUGGCUAUCGACGACGUGCUCGUGGCCUCCGGCGGCUGCGCCCUCCAGCCGGCCGAAGCCACGUCUGGAGUCAACUACACGACCCCCGUCCUCCCCACCCUUGUACCCCCGUCCACCGUCUCCCCCGAUCUAAUGUACGAUUGCUCUUUCGACGAGAACGACCUGUGCGCCUGGACGAGCGACGACAGCGAGGGCACAGGAAACCAGAUGGUGUGGCAGGUUGCCUCUGAUCCCUAUUCAGGUGGCUACGCCUUCUUAGACAUUGCCGGCGAGGACCUUGGCCGCGGCGCCCGGGGCACGUUGAUCUCCCCGGCCAUCUCGGGCACGGCAGGAUCUUGCCUCUCCUUCUCCUACAUCCUGGACGGCCUGCACGAACUCAACGUCUUGAUUCUGAAAGAGACGUUUCUCGAGGAAGUGUGGCACGUUGUAGGUCCCAUUGGCACGGUGUGGGAGGACGCGCAGGUAACCAUCGCCUCUAACUAUGUCUAUCAGAUCAUAUUCGAGGGCGUCAGAGCCUCGUCUCCUGAAGGCACCAUUGCGAUUGAUAACAUCACGCUCUCCUUUGAGGCUUGCAAAAAGAAAGAUGAGUUUUGCGACUUCGAAGGCGGUCACACCUGCGGAUGGCACCCUGCGACCUCCCUGGACUCGGAAACACCUCGCUGGGAGCUCGCAGACGGCCAGUACUCCCACGGGGACCACACCACGGGCGUCCCCGAAGGCCACGUCCUCAAGGCAACCAAUACCUGGAGCAGCUACCAGAACACGGCGCUCUCCAACUCCUCCCUCUACGUCUCGCUGGGGAUAUCCUGCCCUCCCGAGAACAUCUUCGGAAUGCCAGUGGGCGAAUUGGACGCAUGGCUUUUCGUCAGAGUGCCUGUGUCCUACAAUUUAUUCCGACUCCAGCUAGUGCCACCUUUGCCUCCCCGGACAACACUUCUGCCGUGGUUGUCGACGACUUCAGAGUCCAGCAAGGAACCUGUGGACUACCAGAUAACUACGAAAUUAAAACAGAACGGUAUAGCUAACAGACGACACAUUUUCCCAUUCCCAGGCGAGUGUAACUUCAACAACGGCGAUCUCUGCGGCUGGAUUCCCUCCCGGACCGAGAAAGCCUACUGGGAGGUGAUCGGCGGGAGCGACCAUACGUACGGCGACCUUGGAGGCGGAAUGCUGGCACUGAAGGCGGAGAACCACGUACCCGGGACCUUGCCGUGA